UUAACGAAAAGGAAACACGGAAACGGAACAAAGUGAAACAAAAUGAACGACAAACAGCCUAGAAACAGUCUGAAUUUGAACGCUGAAGAGAUUGGCAACGGUGUUGGUCUAUCAUCAAGGCAACAACCGGGUGGAGAAAAUAAAUUAAAGGAAGAAAAUUCUUCAACAAAUAAUAAAGAAUCCUAUAAAUCUAUUCCAGAAGAUAAUCUUGAGCCAAAAAAUAAUAAAUUAGAAACAACAUCUCCACCAAUAAUAGAAGUCAAGAUGGUUCAAGGAAACGAUGGAGCCGAUGAGCAAAUGCUCGGAAAGAAAGAAGAAGUUAAAUUCAUAAAAGGCGAUCAUCAAAAUGGAGAUGCCAAAAUUGAUAUUGGCGCCGUUGGCAAGACAUUCACAGGCAUGAGCAAAGAUGAAUUAAUGAAAUACGCCAAUGAUCCAUUUUGGGUGCGAAUCCGUUGGAUCUUCUUCAUACUCUUCUGGAUCACAUGGGUUGGAAUGUUGGUUUUGUCGAUUUUGAUCAUUUUCAAUGCACCAAAAUGCUCGGCUCCAACACCAUUGAAAUGGUAUCAACAAGGACCAUUUGCCUUCUAUCGAUCCGUUGAUGAAGUUUCACCUGCUGAUGUCGCUAUAGCUAAGAAAAUCUAUGCAACUGGUGUGAUUUAUAAACUCCCAGCUGAGGAAACAUAUUCCGUAAAAGAUCCCAAAGUUGAAGAAAAAAUCAAAAAAUUGAUUGACACCUACAAGAGUACACCUGAGGUGCAAGUUAUUUUGGAUAUUACUCCAAAUUAUGUCACUAAAGACUCACCUUUGUUGGUCGAUGCAUUGAGUGAUGAAACAAAACGCUCUGCAUUUAUUUGGAUGGAAAAGGCUGAGAAACCAAAUAACUGGUUGUCCACUGUAAAUGGAUCAGCCUGGGAUGAAAUUCAACCUGGUAACUUUGUGUUGAGUCAAUUCGGCACUGGACUUUAUGAUCUCCGUAUGAAUGAUACUUUGGUUAAAAAGGAGCUCAAAUCUUCUCUACAGCAUUUGAUGAGUUUGGGAGUUAAGGGUUUCCGUUUGAAUAACUCCAAAUACUUCUUGAUUAAUCCAACAUUUGAAGAUGAAGAAGCCAGCGAGAAGAACACCUACAUUCACACCGAAUAUGGCUUUUGGACUCAUGCACGUACAACAUUCCAAGAGGGACUUGGUGAAUUACUCUAUGAAUACAGGGUUGCUGUUAAGAAUGUCAGCAUGGAAGCAUUCCUCUCUGUCACCGAUGAUACAAUUUAUCCUGAAGUUUAUCGCACCAAUGCUGGGGAAUUUGGUAUUGAUUUGCCUGUUUAUGGCCGAUUCCCACAUGUACUUAGUGCUCCCGAAGGCAAAGAUCUCUUUGCUGAGUUGGAAAAUAUUGUCAAAACUGUUGGCAAGACAACAUGGUUGCAAUGGAACUAUGAGGUAUCUGGGGAAGUUGAUCCUUCAGCUUACUCAUUGUUUAUGAGUAUGUUGUCUGGUGUACCAAUUAUUCCAGCAAAUUCAGCUGCAGUUAAUUUGUCAGCAGCAACAUUGCAACAUAUCAAUCAUAUACGUACUUCUGCUUCGUACAUGCACGGAGACUUUGAUAUGUAUCGUUCUGGUGAUAUUAUUGCUUAUUCGAGAAUUAAGUCUGGAAAUCCUGGAUACAUUGUUGCCUUCAAUCCAAGUGAAGAAGUUGCAACAGCAAACUUUACAGGUGUUGGCCUACCAGAAAAGAUGACCAUGGAUAUUUUCAGUGAUAAUUUUAAUGUCACUGGAAUUGAGUUGAAAGGAAAAAUUUUAACCAACUCAGUUGUGUUGUCACCUCGUUCAACAGCAAUCUACACUUAUGUCCCUGUUAAAUAGGAAUAAGUUUAAGUUGAUUCAA